GAGGAGGUUUGUCCCUCACGGGCCGCCGUGUCCUGGUGCGCUCCGCUGCCGCGCUCGCUGCUUGCUCGUCUCGUCCGCCGCCGGCCCGGCCCGGCCGCUGCCCCGCCAUGAGCGACAAGGGCGAGCUGGACCUCACCGGGGCCAAGCAGAACACGGGCAUGUGGCUGGUGAAGGUCCCCAAAUACUUGUCACAACAAUGGAGUAAAGCUUCAGGAAGAGGUGAAGUGGGAAAACUAAGAAUUGUCAAAAAUCAAGGAAGAACAGAGGUGUCAUUUACAUUGAAUGAAGAGCUUGCAAGCAUCAAUGAUAUUGGAGGAAAGCCUGCUUCAGUCAGUGCACCCAGGGAACAUCCAUUUCUUCUGCAAAGUGUGGGAGGACAGACCUUAACAGUGUUCACAGAAACUUCAGUAGAAAACCAAUCAGAAGAAAAAUCAGAGAGUGGCAGUGCUGAUAAACUUGCCCUGGAAGGAAUAGUGGUGCAACGUGCUGAAUGCAGACCUGCAGCUAGUGAAAAUUAUAUGAAGCUGAAAAGAUUACAGAUAGAAGAAUCUUCUAAACCUGUGAGGUUAUCACAGCAGCUGGACAAAGCUGUAACCACAAACUAUAAACCAGUGGCUAAUCAUCAGUAUAAUAUUGAAUAUGAGAAGAAGAAGAAAGAAGAUGGAAAACGAGCUCGAGCUGAUAAACAACAAGUGUUGGACAUGCUUUUUUCAGCCUUUGAGAAACAUCAGUAUUACAAUAUUAAAGACCUGGUGGACAUAACCAAACAGCCAGUGAUAUACCUGAAAGAAAUUUUGAGAGAAAUAGGCAUCUACAAUGUGAAGGGGACCCACAAAAACACGUGGGAGCUGAAGCCGGAAUACAGACAUUACCAAGGAGAGGAAAAGAGUGAUUAACAAAAACAUUUAUGAUGUAAGAGAGAUUGCACUGAGGAAGCUGUGGUGUUUACAGGCAGGACUGAGCACAGUGCAAUUCUGCAAGGCUAAAUUAAAACAGCUGAUACUUUGUAAUUUUCUGUAGCCUUUUUUCCCCAAGGAAUAUUUCUUGUAUGUUUCUAUAUAUGCUUUGUCUUUUGACAGGAAAAGUUUAUAGAUUAAACUUGUAUUAGAUGUAUCUUUAUUAGAAAUCUUUUGAAUUCUCCUCUUACUUUUUCUUGGUAGCUUUGUAGCUUUUCCAAGCCUCGGUAACUUUGAUGAAAAUGUGUCUCAGAGGAACCCAUAACUUUGUGGGUUUGCAUUCCAAUGUAAGCAGGUUAAUACCCUUGGUUCUCCUGGGGUCUGUCAGGGCUCCACCUGGAAGCCUGCAAAUGUGCAUAACCCUUUGUGCAGUGUUUGUGUGGAAUGGACAUGAUGCUCCUCUUGGUAUCAGGCUUUGGGGAAAAACAGUCAUAACCAUGGUGCUCAUCACAAUCCUUAGACUCCCUGGGAACAAACCGAUGCAGUUAAAAACCCAUAAAAUCUGUGGGAAGAAGUCAGUCCCCUCCAUGUGAUUACUGAGAAAAAAAAUGAAACAGAAAUGUCUGUAAGGUACAGCAAGGAAUAGUUUUAUCUUUUGUUUGAUUAUUAUGCUGAUACCAUAAUGUUUAAGUAUAUCAAUAAAAAUAUUAUUUUAAUUUGUACCACACAAUCUUCUACGUUAUUGACUGAACACGUGAUUUAGGUGGCAUAAGCCUGAAGUUUUUUUUCCAAGCAUGUUUUUAUUGCUGGCUUUGUCACUGUGUUCCUCUGUGGUUUGGGAAAAAUUGCUAGAUGUGUCUGUGUCUGUCUCUGUUCCCCUGUUUUUGAAAUGCACACUGCAAGGGUUGUCCCUUCAACAUCCGUUUUAGGAGGGAGCAGGGAGGGGACUAUUUAAUUAUAUUCUCAAAGGUUUUACGUUAAAGAGCAAAGAACACAGAGUGGGAUAACCUCAUUGUUAUAUCUGUAAAUGAAGGUGAAGGUGAGGUUUGAUAGCUCAGCUUUUACAUUCUUUCAUGUCCUUCAGGUGUAUGCAUCAUUUCGCUCACAGGGAAUGACAGAGGGAAGGAGACAUUCCAUUAUUGGUGCACUUGGAAGCAAUGAAAGGCUCAGGGAGUGAUCAAAUGCUUUCAGAGGUUUGUAAAACAACUCUUAUACCUAAGUGACACCAUUUUGCUCAAUUUUUUUCUAGAGCUGUUUGUGUAGGUAUCUCUCCACAGCUACACUUCAGGCUGGUGCUCAGUGUCCUGUGGCAUUAAAUGCCCAGUUCCCAGAAGAGAGACUGCUGAGAGUUUUGAAGAGCAGAUCACAUUCCAGGGGGGUGUGUGCUUUCAUAAAUACUGCCACUGACUUGUGUCUCCUUGGGCUCUACAGCAGGACCCAGCUUGCAGAUGGCUACAGGAGCCAUCUGAGGAUGCCGAGAGGAACACAGGAAGUCAGCCUUUGUGUCUUGCUGUGGAACAUGAUGUGAUCUCUGGCAGUAGCCAGGGCCUGCUCACACUGCUGUCCUCAUCAUACUGCUCAAGUCCUCUGUGGAUUUGUGUUCAGGGAUGCGUAGGAUGAGAGCUCCUGCCUUUCGUGAGCUGGGCUCCUUGGUGGGAUCCGUGUCCCGUUUCAGAAACUGAAGCACCCAGGAAGUCUAGGUCAGCUUCUCCCUUGUGUUGCUCCUUGCAACCAUGCAGGGGGAUGCCAUGCAAUCCUGAUUAAGCAGUAAUUAAGUAGUAAGUGUAAUUCAGGUAAAAAUGACUGUGCCAUUUCAGAGGGCAAUGGUUACCUUGAGUGAGAUCCCCAGCAGGAUUUAGUUUAGCAGGAAAGCUUUAGAUAUGCUUAUAUUUCUGGUUUUAUGUGAGCUGCUUCACAGUUUGUCUUCGGUUGAGAGGGACACAGCAUGAAAUGCCUGAGCAUGUAACUAAAGGAGGAAUUUCAUUGAUCUGCAGUGCCUUUGGACAGGAUAAAUAAGCUCUGCUAAGAAACAAUGGAAAAUGUGCAGAGCACUCUAUUUUUCAUGGGGUUUACGGUUUUUGCAAAGGGCUGAUUCUUUUAUGGGUGUCAUUAAAAACAUGUAGUGUUAGAAGUAAACAGAAAAAAGAAGCAGUGAGUAUUCAACCUGCAAGCAACCAGGAAGUUUGAGGAAUGCCAAGGUGUACUGGUUUGCUUGCAGCCUUCUGUGGAGUAGCACCAGUUAUACUGAGGAGCAGGACGGUGCUCAAAAAUGGACUUAGGAAAUGUUGUAUCAGAGUAAACGAAGGGAAGAUAACCAGCAGAGUCUAGAAGCCAGGCAUCUUGUGAACUGUUUUUUUUUACCUGCUUCCUGUAUGAUUUUGGAGUUUCUGUAGCAUGUUAGGUGCAAUUGGAAUUUUAACCUCAAAAGCUGUCACAAAAUCCAAGUGGCAUGAGAGAAGGGAACAAUAAGCACACAGAGGUGCUGAUCGAGACCAUGAAAGAUGCUCUCCCAUGCUGGCAGCAGAACCUGUGUCAUGCAUUCAAGGGCUCUGCUGGCUCUUGCCUGGUGGGAGCACAUGAUAAAGGUGGAGUUUUUAAAUGCCCUUGGCAGGUCAUCAUCCAGCCUCCAGCUCAGCUAUGAGAUCUUGCAAUAUAAACCAUCAUAGAGACAGAAGCAUCAAGAUAAAGAUGCUGCUAUGGGUCCCAUAUUCUACCUUCUACAGUAACCCAGGGCACUGCAGGACUAGUCUAAAUUCAUACAAGGCUGGGAUAGUGAUUGAGAAUUUGGUACAGCCUCGUUUGGAUCCAUCCCUUAAUAAGCAGAAAGACCUCUCCUGCUCCACUGUGCUGGUUCUGCACGUGGCCCUUACACAAGUGCUGUUGGCAGGAUUUCCAUCUGCCAGAAGAGAGGAGGCUCAGAGGUGCUCAGGUCUGAUUCCCUGGCCCCCACUUUUGGAUUAAUUUAAACUCUGGACUCGCAGCAGUGAUGAACAAUUCUCUGCUGGUCUUCCCAAGUGUUGCUGUCUCCACUCGAUGCUGAGCUUUGCUCAUGCAGAUGUUCUUGAAUAUUAAUGGUCAAAAUGCUGCCAGGCGAGCAGGUCCCACAGGCAUGAGCAGAAGUUUCUGUGUGCUAAAUGCCACUAAAUGAGAUAAAAGCACAUCCACUCUCCAGAACUGCUUGUCCAGAAUUACCAGUUUGAAUCAUUGGAAAUUUCAUGCUUGGUAAGCUCAGGCAGUACCAGCAGGGACCUGAGCAGACAUGAGGUGACAGCCACCCCUUUAGAGAUCCCCUGCUCCCUCAACCCCCCCCUUCUCUUUCUC